UAAUUGCCUGCUCAUUUUUCGUAAGGUUUUUGUUUACGCUGAUCAGUUGUAAUAAUUUAUUAAAGUAAUUUAUUGAAAUAUGAAGUGUAAAAUACCCGAAAUCUCAUGGCAUAAUCGCGACCCAGUAUUGAGUGUUGAUAUACAACCCAGAUCGUUAGUAUCAACGGAAAAAGCCAAUAUAAAACAUCGCCUGGCAUCGGGCGGCACAGAUGCUCAUGUACUUAUCUGGUAUAUGAACUACACAGAGGAUGAAAAGGAUAUAGAAUUAGAUUUGGCUGCUGACUUAACGCGGCAUCAACGUGCAGUAAAUGCUGUAAAAUGGUCACCAAACGGUGAGUUGCUGGCAUCAGGUGAUGACGAGAGUGUCGUCUUCAUUUGGAAGCUGAAAGGCGAGCAAGAACCAUUGAAUAUACUAGACAACACUAACGAGCAGGACAAAGAAGUGUGGAUUGUUUUAAAGGUAUUGCGCGGUCACAUGGAGGACAUUUACGAUUUGAGUUGGGCGCCAAAUUCACAGUUCCUCGUAAGUGGUUCUGUGGAUAAUUCUGCUAUGGUUUGGGACGUGCAAAAGGGAAAAUCUACGGGAAUGUUGCGUGAUCACAAAUCGUUUGUACAAGGUGUGGCUUGGGACCCAAAAAAUCAAUAUAUUGCUACACUGAGUUCGGAUAGAUAUUUACGUAUUUUCGACAUACAGACGAAGAGGGUAUUACAUCGCAUUAACAAAUCCACACUACCGGUCGGUGUGGGUCAUGAAUUUUACGGUCAUCGUAUGCGUAUAUUCCACGACGAUACAUUGCAGACAUUCUUUCGUCGCCUCUGUUUUACGCCUGAUGGAAAAUUGUUGUUAACACCUGCUGGUGUAGCCGAAAAAGAUGAUGUAGCUCAAUCAUUGCACACCACAUAUGCAUUUAGCCGACAUGCCUUCCGACAACCUGCUAUUGUUUUGCCCUGUCCCGGACAGUAUACAGUGGCGGUGCGUUGCUGCCCGAUUCUCUAUCGAUUGCGACCACAUAAAGCUGAUGUCAAUCCACCAGUUGUGCCACUGCCAUAUCGCAUGAUUUUCGCCGUCGCAACACGUAGCUCCGUUUACUUUUACGAUACGCAGCAGCGACAACCAUUUGCAGUAAUCUCAAAUAUACACUAUACACGUCUAACAGAUGUGACUUGGUCGAGUGACGGCCGAAUUGUCGUUGUGUCGAGUACGGAUGGUUUCUGCUCGUUGAUCACCUUUGAGGCGGGAGAAUUGGGUGAAGAAUAUGAAGAUGCGGCACAAGUGUUAAGUGCAAAUGACAUCAGUACAGUUGGUAAAAAAUCGAAGAAACAAAAGGAAAACGACGGACAAAGCGUUAAGGAGCGCAAACAAUCGACUGAUGAACCUAAAAGUAUAAACAUCAAACGUUAUCCGCUAGUGCAAAUAGCCGAGGAACAAAAAAUUCAUGAACCAAUGGAGACGACAGUUGAAGCUGCAGCAACAACACGAGGUACUACCACUACAACAACAGUAGAAACACAGGCUGAAAAUCCCAUAGAAGUAAGUAGCGGUGAAAGCGCAGUUUUAACUCAAAAUAAUAAAAGUAUAGUUAAUGAGAGCGUGUCAGUGAACUUAAAUAAUGCUGGGCCCGCAUUGGUAAUAACAAAAACGCUUGGUGCUCAAAUUAUUAUUGACAAGGAAAUUCUUAGCUCCGAUGAGCGCUUCGAAUCACCGGAGAAGAAAAGUCGUCCUGUCACACCGAUAAUGGUUAGACGCACACCACGCAGUUCAACGCUACCCAGCGCAACUAACACACCCUCCACCAGUGAGACAAAUACAAAUAGCGCAAAGAAAGUCACAACUACGCCUGCUACAACGCGACAGUCAAAGGGCGCUACUCCCAUAUCAGUGCGACGCGCGCCUCGUGCGCUUAUAACGAUGCCAGCUCCACCAGCAGCAGUUUCAACCUCAACUGUAGAAGAAGUGGCGCUAGAUGCCUGGCCAACACCAAUGGAAGUAGACGAUAAUAAUACUGUUUUGCAAACAAAGCUUACUGCAACAAUAGAUGAAUCGAUUAUUAAACCUCCCGCAGCAGCUGAGGUUCAAAAGUCGCCCGUCAACAAGGACGCAACUUUUGAGUGCACAGAAGAUAUACGUUUGGUUUACGAGGAUUCAGUGGAUAAUAACUCGCAGGCGGCCGUUGCCAAAACUACUGCAGAGCAAGCCUGUAAGAGCGUCGAAGAACCGAUAAAUGCUGAAACAACAGUUGGUAAAGAAGACUGCGCAACGACACCAACACCUAAAACACCGGGCAAUAAAACACCACGCCGUGUCGCGCUAAAAACAAUUUCAACGCCUAAAUCGAAAAAGAAGUUAUUGGAAUAAUAAUGAAUAAGUAAUUGUUUUUAAUUGUAAGACGUGAGUGAUGAUUUUAAGAAAACCCUAAAAUAUAUAUAAAGUAAUCAACGAAAAAACACUGGUAUUUUUCGAUAACAAAUAGAAUUGAUGCCAGAAAAAGAUGCAUGAGUACAUGUAAGUGAUCAGCGUGACGAGCUGAAUCGAUUUAGUCAUGCCCGUUUGUCUGUCUGUAUGUGUGCGAACUAGACUCCAUGAAUUAUACAAGGAGUUAUCUCCACGAAAUUUGGUACAGAUUAUUACUUGAGGCAACGGAACAAACACUGAAGAAAUUAUUCAAAUUAAAUUCAGUUCUUAAGAAAUCUUUUGUAUUUAUAAAGGGUGUAGGAUUUUUUUUUUGUUUUUAUGUAAACGUCAUGCUUUUUUGUAACCGAUACCUAAACGAGCACUUAAAGUCACUCGGGAAAAAAGCAAUAAAGCAUAUUUUCUCUAAAGUUAUCGUUAACAGUUUGUAUGAAAGUAUUUAAACCGCAUCGAUCUAUACCUAUUGUUUUUAGUUUUGUUUGCCUUUUAAUUUGCUACAACGAAAACGUCAGCAUUGUUUACAUUGUCUUGUAACUACAUUGUGCUAAUGUCACAUGUGUGUUUAACUUGCUUAUUGACAGCCAAUGCAAAAAUGAACAUUAGCUAUCUUAUCGCUUGAGUUGUACUGCUACUGUGAAAAUUUGUUUUGCUAUAAGAUUCAGAUGAAAUACAAGUGAUCUUUUAACACUAUUUAUUUAUAAAUAUACAUAUAUAUUUAAACGAUAGGAUCGAUGCACAUCACAAUAAAAACCUUUCAGCUGCUCGUGGUGUGAUAUUUAGUAAUUAUAUAAAUACAAACUUAUUAAAUAUCGUGGGUCAUAGCAGGAAAAAUACAUUUAUAUUUUUUUAGUUCUAUUUUUAUUUACUAACAUACAUAUUUAUUUACAGUUAUUUGCAUAAUUACAAAUAUGUUUAGAUCCUUAUAGACUUUUCGUUGUAAACUUUGAUGGUAGUUGGUGUAUAAAAAGUAGUAAAACCUGAACUGCAAUCGCUUAUAUAAUAAAUGUGUACGUGUAUGUGUGUAUGUAAUUCUGUGGGAUCGUUACAUCGUUUUCGCUUAAAAUUAAUAAUUGCAUAUACAAAUACAUAUUAAUUAAAUUUAGUACAAUAUAAAUGUAUGAAUGCACAUCGUGUUUACAUGUAUUGGAAUUAUUUAUAUUUUUGAGACGGCAUAUUAAACAAUGGAACUUAUACAUAUAUAAUCACAAACAACUUUGUUUUUGUUGGAAUUUUGCGUUUAAAAUAAUUUUAGUUACUUAAAAUUUACUGUAAAAUGUCAACAAUGUGUCAUCACAUAUACUUAUAUACACGCACAUGCCGCCAAUUACUAUUAUGCUAUAAAUGGAAUUGCACUUGAGUUAGCAUUCCUCUGCGUGGAACAACAAAUUAAAAAACAAUAAAAGUAAAAACAAAAAAUA